AUGAGUAAAGAAGCCGAGAAUAUCCCGGAUACCAAAGAGGUUAUCCAAGUAUCUACCGAAUCAACAUAUGAUCCCAAUGAAGAGCACGACCCCAAGAUUGGUGUUGGAAUGCGCCAUGUAGCCGAAGGAAUUCCCAUUGCUGCAUGGUUUAUUAUUCUCAACGAAUUCUGUGAAAGAUUUGCUUACUAUGGUGGAUCAGUUCCUUUCCAAAACUAUGUUCAGAACCCUCCUGGUGUUCCAAACUCGCCCGGUAUGCUGGAUCGUGGCCAAUCUGUUGCUACCUCAUUGCAGAACUUCUUUACUUUCUUCUGCUACUUCACCCCAGUUUUGGGAGCUCUGGUUGCUGAUCAAUAUCUCGGUCGUUACCGGACUAUUCUUCUUUUCUCAUGUAUUUACAUGAUUGGUUGGCUUAUUUUGACCGCCACUUCCACACCCGCUGGAAUCGCUCAUGGAAGUGGUUUCCCUGGUUACAUUGUCUCUCUUAUUGUCAUUGGAUUUGGUACUGGAGGAAUCAAGGGUAUUGUUUCCACUCUCUGCGCAGAUCAAUACAGACACACCGAGAAUUAUGUCAAGGAGACCGAAUCCGGAGAACUUGUCUUAGUUGAUUAUGAUUUGAGCAUUCAACAUUUGUACAACUGGUUUUACUGGGCCAUUAACGUAGGAUCCCUCCUUGGUGGUGUUAUUUGCCCUAUUUUGGAACUCAACGUAGGUUUCUGGGCUGCCUACCUGUUGCCUACAUGCAUUUUUGCUCUGGCCAUCAUUGUCUUCAUUUGCGGUGGAAGAUUCUACUACAAGCCUCCCCCAACCAACUCAGUAAUAUCCAGCACAUAUAAAAUCUUCAGAUUUGCCUUCAAACAGGCAGGAAGACCAGAAAACAAAGAGGCCAAGAAGGAGUCCAAGUAUAUCCUUGAUUUUGCAAAGCGUGAUUCGGGUUUGAAAAACGUAGCCGAAUGGUCUUCUGAUAAUUGCAAUGCAGCCACCGGCUGGGACGACAAAUUCGUUGAUGAAUUGAAGGAAACCAUGAUGGCUUGCAAGAUUUUUAUCCCUCUCUCAAUCUAUUGGGUUUGCUACAACAACCUUAGUAACAACUUGAUUUCUCAGUCCGGCCAGAUGUACCGUCCCGAUGGACUUCCGAACGAUAUUAUGAACAACUUUGAUCCAAUUGCUUUAAUUAUCUUUAUUCCCAUUACCGAUAUGUUCUUCUACCCAUUGUUGCGCAAGUAUAAGCUCAACUUCCGUACUCAGCAACGUAUCACUGUUGGAUUCUUCCUCGGCGCUCUUUCUAUGGUCUAUGCUGCUGUUGUACAGCAUUACAUUUAUGUAGACCCUGUUUACCAGGAAACCGGUGUUUCCGCCAUGUCGGUUUUCAUUCAGAUCCCUUGCUAUUUCCUUAUUGCCUUCUCUGAGAUCUUUGCUUCAAUUACCUCAAUGGAGUAUGCCUACACCCAUGCUCCCAAAUCAAUGAAGUCGCUUGUAUCCGCCCUGUCACUGUGGCCCAAUUGUGUUGCUGCCUUGAUCUCUCUUGCCAUCUCUCCUUCAGCCGAGGAUCCUAACAUGGUUUGGGUCUACACUGGUGUUGCCUGUGGUGCAUUUGUGUGUGGUAUCUUGUACUAUAUUGUGUUCAGACACUACGAUGCUAUGGAUGAGGAGACUCGCCUUCGCAAGAUUGCAAACUUCCAAAACUCUACAGAAAAUAGCAACACUGGCUCAAACAAACAAAUGAGCAUCAAUGAGAAGUCUUAG